GCAGUUAAACGCGGUCGCCCGCCGGGUUGGUCGCCGCCGCGCGCCAGCAGGGACGCUGUGUUCGGGCCGGUGGGGCGCCGCCGAGGGCUGUGCGUGUGUGCGUGACACUGUACUCGACGGAUACUGUUGGUUAUGACCGCGAGUGAUGGUGGCGCGGCUAUCAGCUUUAUGACCCAUUGGAACUAUGCAGGAAAGGAAAGGCCUGCCAACGCAGCUCCCAUCAGCGUUCGCAGCGUUCCACUCUCCGCUGACGGAACCGGCGCGCGGCCUGGCGCAUGACCCGCGCCUCCUCUGGGACCCGGCUCGCUUUCACCUGCACUCGCACAUCGCCGCUGGGCUGCCGGGCGGCGCGGCUGUGGACCUGUCGCUGCUGCAGCGCUCCGUCGACCUGCACGCGGCUGCCUACCGGGCGCAGCAGGCCCAGUACGAGCAGCUCUACCCGUCACCCACCUCGUCACUUCGCGGUCUCUCGCCGGUCGGCUCGACGCGAGGUCUGAGCACGCACGACUACCUCGCCACAAUGUCGGCGCUGGGUCAGAGGUCGCUGACCGAGUACCCAGGCGCCCCCAGCCUGGUCGGCUCCGACUUCUCGCUCAAUCUGGACGGGUCACGCCUGUCGCUGAGCCCGCGGCACGGCCGCAAGAGGCCGCUCUCCUCCACGUUCUCCGACUCGUUCGACCUCAGCUCGAUGAUCCGGUUCUCGCCAAACUCGCUCGUCCCACUGCCCGUGAUGAACGGCUCGCGCUGCUCGUCGGCCAGCGGCAGCUACGGACAUCUGUCGGCAGGCACGGCGGGCGCCAUCAGCCCGGCGCUGGGCAUGCACCCGGGCAUGCCGCCGGCCCACCUGCAGCAGCUGCAGGCGCACCUGAUGUCGCGAGGCUCGCCGUACCUGGCCGCUCAGGCGCACUCGGCCUCACUGCUGCCGGCGGCGGCGGCGGCGGCGGCGGCAGCGGCGGCGGCCGCGGCGCAUGGCCAGCACCCCCUGUUCGGCAUGCCGCCCUACACGGGCCUCACGCUCGACAGGAAGGAGGAGCAGCCCAAGGUGUCUCCGGACACGUCGACGCAGGAGGGCGCGUCCCGCGGCGUGACGGUGAAGCGGGAGGUGAGCUCGACCAGCGGCGCCACGCCGGAGCGGACCGACGACGAGCCGCCCGAGGACUUCAUCGUCACACACUGCGACUGGGAGGACUGCGGACGCGACUACGACCUGCAGGCCGACCUCGUCAAGCACGUCAACAACGACCACAUAUCGGCCAACAAGAAGUCGUUCAGCUGCCGCUGGAAGGACUGCCCCCGGGAACAGAAGCCGUUCAAGGCCCAGUACAUGCUGGUCGUCCACGUGCGCACCCACACAGGCGACAAGCCCAACAAGUGCUCGUUUGAGGGCUGCAACAAGCGGUACAGCCGGCUAGAGAACCUGAAGACGCACCUGCGCAGUCACACGGGCGAAAAGCCGUACGCCUGCGAGUUCCCCGGCUGCAACAAGGCCUUCAGCAACGCCUCCGACCGCGCCAAGCACCAGAACCGCACCCAUUCCAACGAGAAACCGUACGUGUGUAAGGUGCCCGGCUGCACCAAACGCUACACGGACCCCAGCUCGCUCCGCAAGCACGUCAAGACCGUGCACGGACCGGAGUUCUACAAGAACAAGCGGCACAAGGGCCUGCCGGAUGACGGCGGCGCGGCCGGCUACGGCAGCCCCGGCGACGACAACAAGCUGACCAGCGUCAGCAGUCCGAGCGUGAAGUCUGAGGACGCCGCGUCGCCCGGGAUGCAGGUCCGCUCACCGGGAGAGGGCGGCGGCGGCGCCGGCGGCGGCGGGGGCGGCGGCGGCGGCCACGGCCACGGCUCCACGCCCGAGCAGCCCAUCAGCGACAACAACGUCAGCACCACCAACGGCGUCUCCGCCGUGGAAGCACCCUGGGAGAUCCCCGAGCACGAGGAGAUUGAGGUGCCGCUGGAGCCGCUGGCAGUUCAGGCGGCGGUGGGCGCCAAUGGGGCCAAGAACGUUACGUCGCCCGCCGCCCUGCUGCACAACGGUGGUCGCGGGCCCAACCUCAUGGACAUCAACUACCGGCUGCAGCACAUGCGAGUGUCGGGCGGCCCGGCGGGUUGCGUGCCGCGCCGCCACAGCUACGACUCCGCGCCGCGGCCCGACCUGACGUGCCGGCCGCCCGCCGACGGUGGCGCCACCACCCUGCUCGAUCCGCGCCGCGACAGUGGCGCCACCGUCAGCACUUACUACGGCAGCUGGAGUAGCGCGCAGCAGAGCCGGCGCGCGUCGCAGCUGUCUCAGGCGUCGGCGGCCGGCUGCGUAGCGCCGCCAGCCGGUAGCCUGUAUGACCCCAUCUCGGCGGACGUGUCGCGCCGCUGCUCAGGCAUGUCGUCCGCCUCGGCCACGCCCAGCCAGCUGAGCGCUGGCAUGGCGGCCCAGCUACAGCGGCUCCACCGGCGCAGCUUCGUCAACCAGCAGAUGGGCAGCAUGGCCAACCUCGUGGUCCAGUCGCAGUCGCAGUGUCACGCGAUGGAGGCGCGCGGCCUGCCGGGCCGGCCAGCCUCAGUCUCUGCCGGCGGCGAGCAGCGGCGCGCCUCGGACCCCGUGCGCCCCAUGGGCCGACCUCCGCGCGCCCGCCGCCACCCCAACCAGGAGGUGGUGCUGGAUGAGCUGUCCGAGGAUCAGUACGUCGAGGACCGGCUGGUCAUCCCGGACGAGAUGGUCAGCUACCUACAGCAGACGAAUGCGACCGGCCAGCCCGGAGCGGGAGCGGCCCAGCCUGGCUCGGCGCCCACCAACGCCAACCAGACGAGUCCUCGCCACCACCACACGCAGCCGAGUCCGGCCUACAGCAACCAGCCCAUCAACAGCCCUGCCUACAGCAACCAGCCUGUUAACAGUCCCGCCUACAGCAACCAGCCCAUCAACAGCCCUGCCUACAGCAACCAGCCUGUUAACAGUCCUGCCUACAGCAACCAGCCCAUCAACAGUCCUGCCUACAGCAACCAACCCGUCAACAGUCCUGCCUAUAGCAACCAACCCAUCAACAGUCCUGCCUACAGCAACCAGGCGGUCGCCAGCCCGUUCAAUGGCCAGCUGGGCUCGCCGGCGUACCAGCCAGCGCCGGGCUUCGGCCAGCAGCCGGUGGCCAGCCCGGCUGCGGCCGCCACAGCCGGCGUCUGUCAGCAGCAGGCGGCCCAGCAGGUGCAGAUGGGCUGCCAGAUACCCAUGCACGGCUGCCAGACGCUGCAGGCCCAUCAGCAGCAGCAACAGCAGCAGCAGCAGCAGCAGCAACAGCAGCAACAGCAGCAAUAUCAACAGCAGCAACAGCAGCAACUUCAGCAGCAGCAACAGCAGCAACAGCAGAUGCAGCAACAGCAGCAGCAGCAGCAACGUCAACAGCAGAUGCAGAUGCAGCAACAGCAGCAGGUAGCUGGUGCCGCCAUGUGCCAGGGCAUGGGGCAGUGGCAGCAGGGUCAGGCUGGGCCGCACGCGUGCGCGCCGGGUUACCACUGCCAGCCGGGCUACAUGCAGCAGCAGCACCAGCAGCAGCAGCAGGGGUACCCUGCGCAACAGCCGGUACCGGCGUCGGUGCUGACCGGCGGUGUCGUACAUGCCUGCGGCCAUCCGGCCCAGCCGAACCUGGCGCCGAUGGCGUACCAGCAGCCGUGCGCGGGCUGCCAGCAGGCGGUGCACCAGCAGUGGGCCGCCGGCUACCCGGGCUACGGCACCGGGCCGGCAGCAGCACCGGCAGCAGCAUGUCAGCAGCAGCAGCAUCAGCAGCAGCAGCACCAGCAGCAGCACCAGCAGCGAUCUCAGGCACGGCCCAAGGUCGAGCCGGCCGGCCGGACGUACAUGAACGCCGAUAGCUACCACCGGACGCUCGAGUACGUGCAGCGGUGUAAAAAGUGGAGUGGCGCAGAGCCGAGCGCUGGCGCCGGCGCCGGCGCCGGCGCCGCGCCCGCCUCCGCCCCCGCGCCGCCGGCCGCCUACAGCGCCGCCGCCAGCGACGUGUCGGUCAUGGACAGCGCUAGCAACGUGGUGCCGCGCCCCAACAUGGCCGUGCACGACAUGAGCUCCGCCAUGACGGCGCUGGCGCGCGAGAACCGGUACCUGCACAUGUGAGCGCCGGCCGCGCCGGCGUCGGGCGUCGCCCUGUUGAUAUUGAGGUAGUGAGGGGGCGGGGCGCCCCCUCGGAGAUCUCCACUGUGAGCGUGUGUAAGAUAGAGCGGCGGGCUGGCUCGCGCCAUUCCAGCCGCGCCGCCCGCCGAGUACCGUGUGCCAAACGGCCGGCCGGGGCGCGACCGGGCCGGAGGCGCUGCCCCCGACCCCGCCCGAGGGCACGGCGCGUGCGCCCCGGGUCGCCGACCGGGCUCGGGCCGCCCGCCCCGGCGUAACGUGACAUGUUGACCUCGCUUGUGUCAUGCCACCUGUCGUGAGCGUACCGUUCUGUGGGAACAGAGAACCCCGCUCUGGUGGCGCCGGAGCGACUCGGAACGGCGUGGGGAUAGACUCGUCAUUUUUAAGGCCUGACGUCGUAGUGCUCGACUGUGUCAGUAGAGAUCCAUUGAGAGAGAUUGAUGCCCUUUUCCGCAAACCGAAGUUCUCGCCGCAUUGACUGCGCCCUGUUGCAGACACGUUCUUUUUACGUUAUGUCACUCAACAACCUACGUUGUUUAAUUCUGCCCCAAGCUCCAAAGCAAAUGUUGACAUGUUCCUUUAGUAGUCGGGCGCGGCCAGAUGUUGGGUUUUACGAGCGGCGGGGCAGCGGUGCCAAACAUUGUGCCUCUUGUUGGGUCCCCAUGUGAAAAGGGAACAUGUGAAAUAUUGACGUCAUGUACAUGCUAUAUGAUUUAUCGUGAAACAA